AUGCAGGUUGGCCGACCCACCAUGUGUCCUCCAGGUACCGAUCAGACGACACGAGGAAUGCAACGCUGGACUUUGAUGGUCCCCACAUUGGAAGAACAGUACGACUUAACAGAAGUCAUCGACUGCCGCAACAGCUACACCAUGUCACUGCAGUUCCUCAAGGAAGACUUCACUUUCGAUGCUUUCGACCGGCUAGCAAGGCACGAGUCUGGUACCAAAAGAGACCCGACAGAGUCGUACCGCAAUCUCCAUACGAGGCGCUCGUCCGCGUCGUCUUCUGCCAUCGAGCGCCUGCCUCCGGAGCUCAUGUCGAUGGUGCUUUCGGACCCAGACCUUUCCUCCAACGACAUCGUGUCUCUCGGCCUCGCUUCGAAUGCACUGUGGGUUUUAUUUCUUGCCCAUGCCCAACAAAUACGGCGGAUGCAAUCCUGGGCUGGCAAACCACUGCUAUGCACUGGCACUUAUCUCAUGUCGGUUCCGCCGGCCAUCCAUACGAUGUUCCCAAACUUCAAGACUGAAGAAGAAGAAUUCUUCAACCGUCCCGGUAGAGGUCUAAGAGGUGCGCCAUGCAGGGGGAUGUGUCCUGCUCGGAAAUGGAAUUGGAAUGCGAGAAAUAAGUUCGUGGAACGAUCGAAGCUGUCGUUGAAAGAUGAGCUGGUGAGCGCUUUCAUCGCCGUCAGCCCAAAGAGCAACAUCCGCGCUGUCGAUCUGGCCACUUUGCGGCACACCAUAGAGUGGACAUUGUCGGCUCACGAUGUGCCCAAGCCCCUCAGUAAACAGCAGCAGCGGGCUCAAAAGGCCAGAGCUGCUCGAUGCAGGCCAACUCCUACACCAACACAUUGGGUCUUGCGCAACAUGACGACACGCGAGUACGCCGUACUCAAGCAAGCGCACAUCUACCGCAGCGAGCGCAAUUACUUCCAUAUCUCCGGCUUACCUUUCCUCUCCGUGGACAAAGCGCUGCUGAUGCGAGUCACCUGGGCAGAUGACUCGGAUGAGGACGAUUACACUGGUCGAGAUGAGAGUGUAGCCGAGAAAAGCCUGAAGCAAGGGAGCUGGGCCGGCCAUUGCUUCGAGAUUGUGAACAUGAGAGUUGAUGCUUCUCACGAGGGCUGGAGUAAUGUGACGAAGGAGCUUCGAGAGGAGGCGAAGAUGAAGAAGAGAUUUUCUUGA